CUUCUGAAGGGUAAUAUAGGUCUUGGUAAGACAAAUAGUGAAAUUGAUGACAUUCUUAGAUCUAAAGUUGUUUCAAUUGAUGAUAUUGAUGCUAUUGAUCUAAGUAAUGCAGCCAUUAUUUGUUCCUUUAGAAGGGAGCGAAACCAUUGGAAUAGUAUCUUUCUAGACAAGCUUGAUACAGAACCUUUUACAUUUGAUGCUACUGAUUCAGAUGUAACAGGCAAUCCUCUUUCAGAAGCUGUUAGAAAAAAGAUACGCUCUUAUCACAAAGAACGACUCGAGGAUACCCUUAUUCUGAAGGUGGUUGCAAGAGUUGUUCUUACCAAGAAUAUAGAUGUUGAACACGGCUGGCUGAAUGGUACAAUCGCCAACGUUGAAAGUAUUCGACAAAACUAUAUUACUAUUGAAAAUGUCAAAACUGGCAGGAAGACUGUGGUGACCAGGAUGAAGCAGAGUCUUUCAUUCCCUGGAUCCGCAGUUCAGUAUGUACGUACUCAAUUCCCCUUCUAGGAUGGGCAUUGACUGUCCACAAAGUUCAGGGUAUGACGCUUGAGAAGGCAUACAUAUUGCUGAACAAAAACUUCUUUGCCAGCGGCCAGGCGUACGUUGCACUGUCAAGAGUCAAGUCGCUAGACAAUCUUCACUUGCUCGACUACGAUCCAGGUGCAGUGCUUCUUAAACCGUUCUACAGAGACCUGUUGGAGUGGAUGAAGCAAAAGGAUGAAAUACGAGUUGAUCGGGAUGGCGACAGUUCAGUGGAGCCAGAAUACCCUAUACGACCCCCUGAAUCUCCUAAAGACAAAAAGAAUUCCAAGAGGCCUUGGAAAAAGAUGGACCGACAUCCGCCAGUGCCACCUAAAAAACCGAGAACCUGUAAUGCAGGUCAGAAGGAGCCGGCGGAGCAGUCUACUUCAAGCAGACCACCAUCUAAGACGAAGAAGUCCAAAAAAGGCAAUGAGGGUACAAGGGACCGGCAAAUAUCUGAGAUAUUUGACGACCACCACAACCUUCAAGCUCUUUGGAAUGCUAUAAACUUUCCUUUACAUGCAUCAGUAGACACGUAUUUACAAUACAGUGCUCAGUUUGAUGCAAUUAUUGAUAUACUGCGUGGCAUUGAUGUACUAAUGUAUAUUGAUCUCCCUUACAGACCGAUUGACUACCAGCAACAAGUACUACUCCACCCUGUGCUUCAAGGGUACUUGCGAGCAGUGAAGACAGACGGUGAUGGAAGCUGCCUGUUUUAUUCCAUCUGGAAGCAGCUGUUCCCUCAUCGCGAAACAAUUGACAUUGCGAAGUUCAUGAGACAGAUAAAAUUGUACCACAUCUACAAGGAUGAGCAACAUUUCAGACAGCUGCAACGUCAAUUCGGCUUUGAACGCACAUACCAGAACUAUGUGAACGAAAUCAAAGUGCUGCAUGCGCACUGUGGUGAUUUUGCACUGCUUGCUCUCUCCGACUUGCUUAACUGGCCCAUAUAUUAUUACCAGUCUUUUUUGAUGAAUUUUGGCUAAUUAGGAGGGUGGUUCUAUUCAGUUUCAUGUAAUUAUAAUAUUUCACAAAUUUACAUUGAAUUUUUUCUUAGCAAAAGCAUACAUUUAUAUUCUUUCUAUUGCUAAUACAUAUAUAAGAAUUUGCCCAUUGAAAUAACAUGUAUGUAAUGUGGAUUGGAAACAUUUUCAGAUUUCUGUUUGCUCUUUAGUAAUAUUUUCAUACAUUUUCAUACAUAUGCCAGAGAUUUUGCCCAUACUUAUUAAAAGAGAACAGCUUUUGGGUUAAUUAAUUGUCAUUUUUUAAGUAUAUACAUUUUCUAUGAGAGCUUUGUGUUAAUGAAACUUCAAGAAGUAGUUGUCAUUUCAAGAAGUGAUGUUCAUCGGUAAAAUUGCAUUUGGACCAUGAUUUUAUGCAGUUUUCAACAUUGAACUGAUGAAGGAUAUACAUAUCCUACCAUUGACUGAUUUUAUCCAUGGAAAUGACUUUUAUUGUCAGUUGGCCAGAAAAUUUCAUUUCAGUUUUGAGUAAUGUUUUAUUGAUACAUAUUCAUACAUAGAAAAAGAAUUUGUCCACAUUGAUAUUCUGAUUUGUUUUUCAAUACAUGUUUAAGUGAAUUUGUUCAUGAUUUUCCACUGAGAAAGACAAACUGUAAUUAUUUUCUUGGGGCUCUUCUUUCAAUCUGGACAUUGCAAUGAUAUGGCAGACAUUGGUGAUUUAACUAUCAAUAUUUUAAGAUUGUUAUAUAUUUCAUAUUUCUCUAAUGAUUAUUAAUAAAGGUUUACUACCAAAAUUGUUUCAGGGGCACGGGCCACAGUAUUGUGAAUCACUACAAUUUUGUUUGUAUGAGUUUUGAACAUUUAUUUAUAUAAUAUAGAAACAGUCUGAACCAGUUUAGGAGGGCAACUUCUCAUUGUUAGGGUUUUUGAUAGGGACGUAAAGACAAAUCGAUUGGUGGUAUUGGUUUUGGGGUUACACCUAGUAAUGACGUCACUAUGACCGGUUGAAGUUUUGGCACUUUUCAGUGCUGUAUCCUAUAUAGCCACUAUACAGUUCCUAUAGAGUAUAUAGGUUAUACGGUAUAGACUGCAUUUCCUAAAGGCUUUUCCUAUACAUUUAGGCCCAUUUGCUGGUUUGUUUACUUUAGCCUAUUGUUUAGGCAAAUAGCAGGUAUUUUAAGGGUUCGAAACAAACGGAAGAAAUUUUGAUCCUUCUGCCUACUAUUUGGAGUAAGAGGGUACAUUUCCUAUAGCAUAAGCCUCAAAUCUUGAUUGGCUAGGAAAGGAAUCACCGCCACAGGAAUCGUCUUCGAACUGAACCAAUAAGGUUGCGAGAAAGUCUUCGAGAAGCACGUUUUUUGGCCUCAUGAACCCCCUCCCUUUAAAAAGAAUCUGAUCACACAUACAGUGGGGGAAUGGGAUAAAACUUGGCUAUUUUAAUCCAAUGACCCUGACGCACAUUUCCAGAAAGAGCAAACAUGCAAUCUCAAGUUUUGGAAAGUUAUGUAGUGAAAUGUCAAAUCCUGCGCCAUCAGCCUUUUUUCUGUUAUCAUGGUUGAAUUCUGGGAUUUGACAGACGUGUUUUGCUGAGUUUAUUCUACAGGGAGCUGUUUUUUUAUGAGAAAACUAUUACCAAGAGUUUAAUGUUGCACUGUUAUCAUAUCUUCAAGUAUUGAUAAAUCACGUUUUGCAAUUUCGCACAAUGAAGCCUUUAUCCUCAUACUUUCUUUCAUAUUUUCUGCAAGUUGUAAAGCUGUUCAAUGUUGGCAAUUUUUCUUGUAAGGAUCAAAAGUCUGCAGGGAAUUUCUAGAACUUUGUAAAAAAGCAUGCCAAUUACCAACAGCAUAAAAAUUGUGCAAGUGUAAAGAUUUAACAGCCAUAUGCAAAACGCUAUUCCCAUCAUAAUCACAAAUUCAACACCUUUUCGAAAAAAGUUUGCUGUCAACAUAAUUUGCCUUCUUCUUAUAGCAACCAUUAUAGGUGUUUCUCCACGCCCAUUUUGAGAAUUAAAAUCUGCUUCAUGAGUUACAAAAACUCCAAAAAAAUAAUCCAAAGUAUGCCAUUUUUCUUUAUCUUCAUCCCAAUAUUCAAUCACUUUAUGUAAUAGCGUAUUUCCUUCAUCAUCACAUUCUUUCAAUACUUCUGGAUUUGCUCUAAUUUUGUCAGCUUAGUAUCCACAAAUGUCCCAUUUUAAAUAAGAAUAUAGACCUUUCACAAAAUCAACACACCACUCUAAUCUACCCCAUAAUAGUCCCCUGGGGAAUAAAAUGGGGGAGGGGGGAGUGGUGUGAGCCCGCAACUGUCUUUGUGCUGUCACAAGAGAAGUGGCCCCUACCUAUAUCUACCUAUACCUAUAAACGGUAUAUCAGUGAAUUUUGAUUAUAUUCCAAAAAAGUCCUCUCCCCCCUCCCAAAUUACCCUUCCCCCCCCCACUACCCCUUACCCUCUCCUACAACAACCAAUGUGUACCCCUACCCCAACCAGGAAGUAGGAUUGACAAAGACACCCUUGCAAUGAGAACCCUAGAAGAACCUACCAGCCUGCAAAAUGGGCCUAAUGUAAACAAAUGGGCCUAAAUGUAUAGAAAAACCCUAUAGGAAAUAGCAUCAGCGUCAAAUCUUGAUUGGCUAGGAAAGGAAUCACCGCCACGGGAAUCGUCUUCGAACUGAACCAAUAAGGUUGCGAGAAAGUCUUCGAGAAGCACGUUUUUUGGCCUCAUGAACCCCCUCCCUUUAAAAAGAAUCUGAUCACACAUACAGUGGGGGAAUGGGAUAAAACUUGGCUAUUUUAAUCCAAUGACCCUGACGCACAUUUCCAGAAAGAGCAAACAUGCAAUCUCAAGUUUUGGAAAGUUAUGUAGUGAAAUGUCAAAUCCUGCGCCAUCAGCCUUUUUUCUGUUAUCAUGGUUGAAUUCUGGGAUUUGACAGACGUGUUUUGCUGAGUUUAUUCUACAGGGAGCUGUUUUUUUAUGAGAAAACUAUUACCAAGAGUUUAAUGUUGCACGGGGGUUGUAGCUGGAAGAAGCUGAAUGUUAAUACCCACAGGGCUUCUAAUUACAACUUUCACAAGUUGUCUUCUUCCACAAUUUCAUCAUCGGUACUGUCAUCAUCUUUGUGCGCAUUAGACGUUGGGGUUUCUUUGAUGUCUGGGUUGAAGUUAGAUUCAUUCGCUGUUGGGGCUAGGGUCUUCAUGGCCUUGAGAAUCUCCUCACUGCAAACUGUACAUGCCCGUUUCUCUUCACUGGACAAGCAUUCAGUGUGGAAGGAGUGCCCA